GUGAACAAACCAACCGAGUUCAUUCGCAUAGUUCUUUACGAUGAAUGUGCUUCGAGUGAUCUUUCUUAUCUUCUGGUGUUCUAAUUACGCAGACACCAUGGCAAAAGCAACUCGUGACGUAUAUGUUCCGAAGCGUGAUCCAAAGUGGAACGACUGGCAGGACGCCCUGCGAGCUAUAAGAAAGCAUAGCUCAACGAAGCAUCCCGGAAGCAUUGGAGAAGGAGUGUGGUUGCACGCAGUAGUCAUGUAUGAUUCGGCGUUUUCUAACGCAGCACUGAGUAGUCCUACUAAGUGGAAAGCCGAAACUGAAAAUAACAAUGGCGUCAGUGGCGAAAAUCCGAUAGAAGGCUAUUUCAAAUCUUUAUUUCAAGAGCUUCAGAUGUACUUCAAGAAUCAGUCUAUAUUGGUGAAUAUCACGGUUGAAAGCGUUAGCGAGAACAACAAUUUGACGGUUUUUUAUGACCAAUUCAAAAUAAUAAAUGGUAGUGCAACAUUGAAAAACAUUCAAACCUACGGGCGGUCACAGGGCAAGUCAAAUGAUACUAUAUUUUACCUGUUUACCUGGCCUGAGGCUGGCGGAAACCCAAACAGGUUGUUCGACCACGUAACUACCCCGGGCUCCCAUAGACUUGGUGUCUCAGAGGUCUCGACAGAAGGGACAUUUUGCACCAGUACGACGAGCGCAGCUUUAAUAAGACAUAAUCCGCGAAGCUUGAUGAACUAUUGGAGCACUGCAAGAGCGACAGCUCGUGUAUUUGGCUCAGAACAUUUUCUGCCAAUCACUCAGCAAGAUCGAGAGAAGAUGAAUAUGACCUUCUCUCGCUGUCCCAGGUAUGAAAAAAAGAAGAUCGAAGAUGGCGAUAUCAUGCAGUGCUAGCAGAAGGCAUGGUAAACAAUUUCUCUCUGGUAUACUUGUAUGCAAACUACCAAUAAAAUCAAUUAAACCGUUUAC